GCCAAAUGCAAUGCUGCAACCAUAACAACCACGAAGAAGAGUGUCAAAGAUUUGUUUCUUGAGCGUCCCAACAAUAUUUUAUAAAUUAAACUGUCUUCUAAGCAGACUGCAACCCUUUUAAAGCUUUAAACGCUAUGGACGAAAAGGUUUUAGAUCCUACUGCAGGGGACGAAGGGGCAGAGGCCGGUGCAUCGUCAUGUUUGGGGGCCACUAGAGGAUCAUCUGGUUCCCGUCUGGAGUCGCAGAUCCGGGAGGCAAUUCGGUUAAAGACGGAGGGGAAUGCAUUCUACCGGGAGAAAAAUGUGCGCACUGCCAUUGGACGUUAUCAUCGUGCUUUGCUCGUUCUCCGUGGCCUGGACUCUGAGGUGACCUCUGCCCUGCAAGGCUUUGGGGCUCAGGUGCCUAAACUGAGCCAGGAGCAGGAGGACCUGCUGAGGAGCACUCAAGUAGAUUGCUAUAACAAUUUAGCAGCAUGUUUGCUGCAGCGAGAGCUGGUGGACUAUGGCCGUGUGUUAGAGUACAGUCUGAAAGUGCUCCGUUGGAGGUCAGGUGACACUAAGGCCCUCUACAGAGCUGGAGUAGCCUCAUUAGAGCUGGGUGAUGCUCAGACUGCUCGACAUUACCUCACACAGGCCAGCAGGGGGAAACCAAACGAUCCUGAUGUAAAGAGACAGCUGCAGCGAGUGGAGGAGAGACUCAGCCAAGACUAUCAGAAAGAGAAGGCACUGUACAAAGGCAUGUUCAGCAAGCAGAAACAGGGUGAGGAGCAGUUAGCAGAGGAGAAGACCCAGAAUUUGGUCUAAAUGGACAAAUACACGACUCAGCAGGAACAUACAUCAAGUUAAAUGAAGCUUGAGCUGACGUCACCAGGAAGAAAGUGGGAUGUUUUGCUUCAGGGCAUGGAUAAUUUGCUACAUAUGGCAUUUACUGGUGCUGAAGGUCCAGUAGCAGGACUGGAUGCGUGGCUGAAAUCUGGUGCAACGUGGCAGCUUGAACGAGAAGUUUAAUGCACUUUAAAUGCAUUGUACUCUGGUCUUGUAUGGCUAAUACACUGUCUAGCUGCUUCUGUUUUGCAUUCAGUUUCUUCCAGUUAUGUAUCUGUAUUUUUUUUUUUUUUCAGAUGAAAGUUCUCAUCUUU